AUGGUUCUACCGAUUAUAUACCUCUGUGGACCCCUGGACACAUUCCUGAGCAUCAUGAAGCUGUUUCACAAUGAGAUCCCGGACCCAGAGAAUUACGCCAUUUUCUAUAUAGACGUGUUCGCCGAAAGCCUGACGGAGCGCAAACCGUGGCAGAACUCGGACUCUGACUGGUCCGACCCCAUCAAGGUCUUCAAGUCUGUGUUCGUCAUAACGUACCGGACACCUGAUAAUCCAGAAUACAGAGACUUCCAAAGGGAACUCCACGCCAGAGCCAAGAGGGAUUUUGGUGUGAAUUUGGAGCCCUCGCUGAUGGACUACAUUGCUGGUAGCUUCUAUGAUGGCUUUGUGUUGUAUGCGAAGGCCUUGGAGGAGACUCUGGCUGAAGGCGGUGCCCAGAAUGACGGUAUCAGCAUCACGAUGAGGAUGCAGAACAGGCGAUUCUGGGGAGUAACGGGCCUUGUCAUGACCGACCACAACAACGCCAGGGAUAUCGAUAUCAAUGUGUGGGCAAUGACCAACCAGGAGACAGGAGAGUAUGGGCUUGUUGCCUUUUAUAAUGGCACCAACAAAGAGAUUGUCUGGUCUCAAACGGAGAAGAUCCACUGGCCCAGCGGGAGCCCCCCUCUAGACAACCCACCAUGUGUCUUCUCCACUGACGACCCCUCCUGCAAUGAUGGUCACCUGCCAGUCCUGGGUAUCGUGGCGGUGGGAUCCGGCUUGGCACUCAUCAUUUUUGGAAUCUCUAGUUUUCUCAUUUACAGGAAACUGAAGCUGGAGAAGGAGCUAGCAGGAAUGCUGUGGAGGAUUCGGUGGGAGGACCUCCAGUUCGAGAGCCCCAACAAAUACCACAAACGAGCCGGCAGUCGUCUCACUCUCUCACAGAGAGGAUCCAGCUAUGGCUCCUUGAUAACUGCCCAUGGAAAAUAUCAGCUAUUUGCAAAAACGGGCUAUUUUAAGGGGAACCUCGUGGCCAUCAAACACGUCAACAAGAAGAGGAUAGAGCUGACCAGACAAGUGUUGUUUGAACUCAAGCAUAUGAGGGACGUCCAGUUCAACCAUCUCACCAGGUUCAUCGGAGCCUGCAUUGACCCACCGAACAUCUGCAUUGUGACGGAGUACUGUCCCAGAGGAAGUCUUCAGGACAUUUUGGAAAAUGAGAGUAUCAACUUGGACUGGAUGUUCCGCUAUUCACUGAUUAAUGACAUCGUGAAGGGAAUGAACUAUCUCCACAACAGCUACAUCGGCUGCCAUGGAAAUCUGAAGUCAUCUAAUUGCGUGGUGGACAGCCGAUUUGUUUUGAAGAUCACGGAUUAUGGCUUGGCGAGCUUCCGUUCGUUCUGCGAAAACGAUGACUCGCACGCACUCUAUGCAAAGAAGCUAUGGACGGCCCCGGAGCUGCUGAUAUAUGACCGCCACCCGCCGCAGGGGACCCAGAAGGGUGAUGUGUACAGUUUUGGCAUAAUACUGCAGGAAAUAGCCUUGAGGAAUGGACCCUUCUAUGUGGAAGGCAUGGACCUCAGCCCCAAAGAGAUUGUACAAAAGGUGCGUAAUGGUCAGCGGCCUUACUUCCGGCCUACCACAGACAACAGCUGCCACUGUGAGGAACUCACCUUCCUGAUGGAGGGCUGCUGGGCAGAAGACCCUGCUGAGAGGCCCGACUUCAGCCACAUCAAAAUCUACAUCACCAAGCUCAACAAGGAAGGCAGCACCAGUAUUUUGAACAACCUGCUGUCCAGAAUGGAGCAGUACGCCAACAACCUGGAAAACCUGGUAGAGGAGCGAACACAGGCCUAUUUGGAAGAAAAAAGAAAAGCUGAAAAUCUCCUCUACCAAAUCCUGCCACACUCUGUAGCGGAGCAGCUAAAGCGAGGGGAGACGGUGCAAGCGGAGGCAUUUGACAGCGUCACUAUUUACUUCAGUGACAUUGUGGGCUUCACGUCCCUAUCAGCCGAGAGUACGCCGUUACAGGUUGUGACAUUGCUCAACGAUCUCUACACCUGUUUUGAUGCCAUUAUUGAUAACUUCGAUGUUUAUAAGGUGGAGACCAUUGGAGAUGCAUAUAUGGUGGUGUCAGGGCUCCCGGUGAGGAACGGGAAGCUUCACGCCAGAGAGAUUGCUGGGAUGUCGCUAGCUCUCUUAGAGCAGGUCAAAACAUUCAAGAUCCGACACAGACCCAACGACCAGCUAAGGCUCAGGAUAGGAAUACACACAGGACCUGUCUGUGCUGGGGUAGUUGGUUUGAAAAUGCCCAGAUAUUGUUUAUUUGGCGAUACGGUCAACACAGCUUCUCGAAUGGAGUCGAACGGAGAAGCCUUGAAGAUCCAUUUAUCCUCAGCCACCAAAGAAGUGCUGGACGAGUUUGGCUACUUUGACCUCCAGUUACGAGGGGACGUAGAAAUGAAGGGCAAAGGCAAAAUGAGAACCUAUUGGCUUCUUGGGGAGAAAACUGAUGUGUAUGUUAUUUGAGAGGCCUGCUGAUGAGAUGGCGGCAGCAGCACAAGUGGAGACAACUACAAAGGCUCCGGUGGCCAAGCCACUACUUUAUUUGUUCUAGAAUAAGUCUGCAUAGGUGAUUCCCCACAGCAAAAAAAAAAACCAUCAUACUUUUAGACAGAAUACAGGGGGAACUUCAGGUAUGUUUAUUACCUGCAUACUGUAACUGCAAAAAAAAUAAAUUGUAAAAGUUGUUUUUUUGUAUGAAGAACCUUUCUGUCCCGAGAGUACUUUUCAAAACGAUAAAUUCUUAUUUUUUGUGAUUUCUAUAUUACAAUUUGUAUGAUGUGUUUGGGAGUCAAUGGUGUAUUAAUGUUUCCUUGAAACAUUUUUUUGAGGGUGGGAGGCACAGUGUUACGAUUGAUGUCAAUGCAGAGGUCAGCGUUCAACAGUGGUGUUAUACAGUAUAAGAUGAUAUGUAUAUAUGUAUAUCCAAGAUACUGUAAGAUAUUUUGUUCAAUAAACCGAGUAAAA